AAGAAGGCCAAAAAGUUGCAUGCUGGGAAGAUGGGCGACACUGAGGAUGCUAACGUCGUUAGUAACGUGGACUGAGAGGACGGGUAACCAAGUCGUUCUUGCGGCAAAUGACAUCAAUUGUGUUUCCAAGUGUAGAUUCGUCCAAGCUACCAGGGUAAAGUCUCCUUCGGUUAGUGUGAAUAUACACCAACCCAUGUCCACUGCUGCUGGGCAGGCAGAGCGAGUCAAAUGGAAUUCCUAGCAGUGUAGCUAGUUAGCGCAACUAUAGUACCUUAGUUAGUUUGCAAACGACGGUAUCAUUGCAUGGACGUCCACGACCAAUAAGUUAGAGUAUUAUGCCAUUAUUAACUUUUAAGUGAAUUGGUCAGUAUAGAUUGUCAAGGUUUUCACUGACGGGCUGGUUGUCACUCUUACGUUUGACAGCUAACACUGCUGCUAACGUUAAUUCGUCACCGGAUUAGAUUGUUAGCUAACUAGUUAAUUUACGUAACUAGCUAAGUUAUCUAACAGUCGGCGUCUCAUCAAGUACCCUAGAAGGCAAGGCCUUUAUUGGGCUACCAAGCGAAAUAUCCCUUUGAUAAAACUUCGUUAAUAACUAGCUAGCUACUACUGAGCUUUGUGGUAAAUGAUUGGGAGUGUCACUGUCAGAUGAAUUGUUAUUGUUCCCUGCUAGAUAGAACACCACCACCCAUCUGGAUAUCCCUCUCCUGCGUUUACAUCAUGUGUAGUGUGCAGUGCCCCAGCGGUGGACUAGCCCGUGUACUAUGCUGUGGCUGCACUCUGGCCCGGGCCUGCUGAGCUGCGGCAGCAUCAUCAUCCCCUCGCCCCUCUGCCCACGACACGCCUGCCGCACUAGUGUCCUUGCUCUCGCCGGCAUGUACGCUACCCGCCUGUACAGCUCAGGAGGGGGAAAGCCAGGGCACUGGCCGGGCCUGGGGGAUAGAGGGCUGCCCAUGCUGGAGAACCACCACCCCCACCACGUGCACACUCCAACCCCCAGCUACCCGCCCCUCUACCAGGGGCGCCCUGACCCUCACCGGGGGCCCCACUUCCACAGUCACCACCACCAGCAGCACUACCACCCGCACCUGGCCCCACCUCCUCCGCCUCCCCCCAUCCCCCUGUACGCCCACCUGCACCACCACGCUACUGUUGGCGCCGCUGGCAACAAGAAGAAGACGUGGAACUUCAUCCACGAGAAGAUAAGCUACGACACCUUCUUCACCAUGAAGAGGCUGAUAGAGCGCUCGCGUCGGGGCGACGAGGUGCUGCGCUGGGUGACGCAGAACCCGGGCAAGAUCUCGCACAACCACUACCCCAUCGCCCUGCAGAAGAUCGGCCAGCUACUACAGGCCGGGGCUGCAGGAGGGGGCGGUGGUGACUCGGAGGCAGCCCUGGUUCCCAGAGCCGGUGGAGGAGCUGAGAACGAAGGCAGACAGAUCCUGGAGCACCAGGACUUCCAGACACUGUGCAACGCCAUCGUGAGCGACUGUGUCAAGUUUGACAACUUCAGCAUCGUCAACUGCCUGUACGCUGUGGCUGCACUAGGCCUUCCCAGCGACUCGCAGGUGGUGCAGGUGCUGGAGGCAGAGUCACAGUCGCGGCUGGACCAGUUCAACCAGAAGGAUGUCUCCAUGGUGUUCAGCUCCAGCAUGAAGCUGCACCCCAGCAGCCAGCACCCCCUGACCGAGGCCUGCCUCGCAGGCUUGGAGAAGAACCUGGAGCGGGAGCGCCACCCGCAGACCCUCUUUCUGCUACUCUCCUACUACCGGCUCAAGUGGCACUCGCUGCAACCCACCGACACUACGACGGCCGGGAACGUCUCCAAUGUACGCCCCAACCCAGAGCAGCUUCUGGCCAACAGGAAGAUCCUGCGACUGGUCAAACACACACUGGCUAGCGUAAGUGGUGUGCGCGACCAGGAGAUGGCUCUGCUGGAUGAGAUGCUGGCUGUGUGUGCACGUGAAGCUAGCAACAAGAGCCUAGAGCUCAUCUUCAGCUCGCACCUCUUCUACCAGAACAGGCAGGAGAGGUUUGUGUGCAGCCUGGCUGAGCAACUGCCUGAAAAAGUGGACAGCAUAACCCCAUUCACCAUGGCCCUCAUUGCCAAAUACAUUGCCCGCCACCGGCUCAGAGAGGUUCGACUUCUUGACACCAUCGCUGAUUUUCUGGUCAAAAAGGGCGAAUACCUGGACAGCAAGGUUAUCCAGAAGCUGGUGUUCCCCUUCAGCCGGAUGAACUACCUGCCGUCCAACAAGGUCCAGUUCUUCUCCAUGCUGGAGGUGGUGCUGGAGCUUAAGGCCCUGAGCUCCCCGUUAGCCACCGUCAAUAUCCUUAUGUCCCUGUUCCAGCUGGGCCACUUUCCCGGCCUGGUGCUGCACAGGGUCUUCUCCACUGCCUUCAUCAGCAACGUCACCAACAGUCCUUAUGCUCUGAUCGUGCUUCGCUACUUGUCUCUGUUGGACGCAGCGGUUGAACUGGAGUACCAGGACUACACCGGUCCACGGCUCCAGGACACGCACAAGGUGCUCAUGUUUGACCAUGCGCUGACCGCUGAUGAGGUCAACCGCAAAUACAGCUACAAGGGUCUUGUAGCUGAAGCCCUCAGACAAUUGGUUGGAGAGCAUGGCUACAAGCAAGAUGAAGUCCUGGCCCCUGGGUAUUACACAGACUUCCUGCUGUGGAUUGAUGGCUCUGGCCGAGUUCUCCCUAUCCGGACAGGGGCAGGGACCUCCCUAGGUAUGGCCCCCAAAACCCCAGAAGGAUCCGCAGCCGUGACAGCCCUCACUUCAGACUUUCAAAAGUUCUCCCCCUUCGCCCCACUAGAGGUAGGGAGGGACCAGCGACCCGUCGAGGGGGACGAUGCGGUGAACUUUCUGCCCUACCACAUGCAGCGAGGGGCAAACCCUUCCUCGGCCCAGAGGACGGGCCCUAACGGCGGGGGCCCUCUGGACUACAACCCUUACUACACGUCGGCCGAUUACUACUACAGCCUGGCCAAGGAGCACUCUUUGGAGAGCCAAGACAGCUCCACGCUCAGCAGCCCUCCCUCAGACAGCCUGGCACAUCCAGGGGCCUCCGGGGUAGGGGGAUCUGCCACGGCUGCCCCCAAUUCCCUCUUCCAAUUCUCCAUUGGAAAAAUCCUGGAGGACGAGGGAGGGGUGCAGGUGGGGCCGGCGAGUCAGGGGCUCAAUUGCGAGCUUCCUGCAUUCUAUGAGGCAAACGGGGAGGUGAAGCCCACCUCACCACUUCAACUGCACCCGGCUGAUCGAGCUGGGGACCAGCGGCAGCUCAAGAGAGUGGUUAUGUCGGUGAAUGACAAGUGGCACUACUGUCACAACUCUGAGGUGCUGGUGGGCUCCCGGGCCAUGAGAGACCGUCACCUGCUGCUCCUGGGAUACGUCAUUCUGCAGCUGCCCUAUCAUGAACUGGAGAAGCUGAAUGGUAUAGAGGAGGUGAAGCAGUACCUUCACAAAAAGCUCCUGGAGGUCCCCUUAUGACAACAAAAGACUUGUGUGUUUGUGUGCGCGAGUGUAUGCCAUUUUGGCGGCUUGGAAUAGGACGGUUAUUGGUGGGAUUGCGAAAGGGGGCUUUGUUUGAGGUGGUAGACAAACCCUGGUCAAAGUCUAAAACGGAAGAGUUUCUGGCAACUUGCAUUUAUCAAAAUAGCGCCAGCCUAUUUGCAACCAGUCACGUCCCCAGUUGAUGGCAUGUGUAGUGUCAGGUUGCCACGCUUGUUGUCAAUGCAAUCUUGUCAUUGUCACUUCACAACGGUUCAAAUCUAAUUUUAUUGGUCACGUACACAUAAUUUGCUAAUGUUAUCGCAAGUGUAGCAAAAUACUUGUGCAUAGCUUCAACAGUACAGUAAUGCCUAAAAAUACAAAAACAGUACACGCAAAUCUAAAAGAAAGGAAUUAAGAACGAAAUAAAUAUUAGAACGAGCAAUGUCAGUCCGAAACCCCCCAAAAUACACCAUAUAUACAAAAGUAUGUGGACACAAUGCGUGGAUUUGGCUAUCUCAGCCCCACCUGUUGCUGAAAGGUGUAUACAAUCGAGCACACAGUCAUGCAAUCUCCAUAGACGAACAUUGACAGUAGAAUGGCCUUAGUGAAGGGCUCAGUGACUUUCCAACAAGUCAGUUCGUCAAAUUUCUGCCCUGCUAAAGCUGACCCAGUCAACUGUAAGUGCUGUUAUUGUGAAGUGGAAACGUCUAGGAGCAACAAUGGUUCAGCCGCAAAUUGGUAGGUCACACAAGCUGAUAGAAUGGGACCGUUGAAGAGCGUAGCGCGUUAAAAUCAUCUGUCCUUGGUUUCAACACUCACUACGAGUUCCAAACUGCCUCUGGUAACAACGUCUGCACAAGAACUGUUCAUCGGGUGCUUAAUGAAAUGGGUUUCCAUGGCCGAGCAGCCACACACAAGCCUAAGAUCACCACGCGCAAUGCCAAGCGUCGGCUGGAGUGGUGAAAAGUUUCCUGCCAUUGGACUUUGGAGUAGGGGAAAUCGUUCUCUGGAGUGAUGAAUCACGCUUCACCAACUGGCAGUCUGACAGACGAAUCUGAGUUUGGCGGAUACCAGGAGAAUGUUACCUACCCCAAAACAUAGUGCCAACUGUAAAGUUUGGUGGAGGAGGAAUAAUGGUCUGGGGAGGUUUUUCAUAGUUCGGGCUAGGCCCCUUAGUUCCGGUGGAGGGAAAUGUUAAUGCUGAAGCAUAUGACGACAUUCAAGACGAUUCUGUGCUUCCAAUUGUGUGGCAACAGUUUGGGGAAGGCCCUUCCCUAUUUUGACAAUGCCCUCGUGCACAAAGCAAGGUUCAUACAGAAAUGGUUUGCUGAGAUCGGUGUGGAAGAAUUUGACUGGCCUAUGCAGAGCCCUUACCUCAACCUCAUCGAAUACCUUUGGGAUGAAUUGGAACGCUGACUGCAAGCCAGGCCUAAUCGCCCAACAUCAGUGUCCAGGGGGGACCAACUCCAUAUUAAUGCCCAUGAUUUUGGAAUGCAAUGUUUAACAGGCAGCUGUCCAUAUACUUUUGGUCAUGUAGUGUAGAAGCUGUUUUUCAGUCCCUCGGUCCCAGCUUUGAUGCACCUGUACUGUCUCCGCCUUUUAGAUGGUAGCGGGGUAAACAGGCCGUGGCUUGGGUGGCUGAGGUCCUGUGACACUGGUUGCUGUAGAUGUCCUGGAGGGCAGGCAGUGUGCCCACGGUGUUGCGUGGGCUCACAGCACCACCCUCAGGAAAGCCUUGUGGGUGCGGACGGUGCAGUUGCCGUACCAGGCGGUGAUACAGCCCGACAGGAUGCUCUCAAUGGUAACAUCUGUUGAAGUUAGUAGUUGUCUUAGGGGCCAAGCCAAAUUUCUUCAGCCUCCUGAGGUUGAAGAGGCGCUGUUGAUCUACGGACUAUUUCUAAUAUAUCACAAUAGCGUGACAAAAUAUUUGUUUUCAUUUUAGGUUUUGACCAGCGUAUUUCUAUAGUUCUAGUUUUGAUCAUGGUUUGGUGUGGACGAGUGGGAAGUAAGUUGUUGUUGUUAUUAUUAUUAUAAUUAUUAUUAUAAUAGUCAUACGGAGAUGACAAUGUUCUGGUGGUGUAUGAAAAAAGAAGUCCCUUUUUAAAAUAAAAAAAUUAAUGUUUUAUUGAACUGCAGUUGUAAAGCAUGUUGGGACUGUGUAAUAGGUUCGCUACGGACGUCAGAACCGCAACUGUUCAUUCGGAUCAAAUGUAACUGGGUGACAUGGGGUUUAUUGAGACUAACAAAUGGGACCUCUUCAUUGUGUUUUCUAAUACUUGUGUGCAACGUAUGGUCUGUAAAUGAGGGAUGAGGAUGGAUAAAUGAAGUUAAUGAAAAAAAAAGUGUUAUAUAUUUUUGUCUUCACUAGAAUGGCUUUUCCAUUGUCCAGAACUAAGCAAUGCACGUUGGAGCAUCUAUUUUCUACCUGGUCUCUUUGUUUUGUCUUUGGUACACUUUACUUACGACAUUCAAUGAAUGACUUCAUUCAGAGAGGACUUUGUGAUUCCUUAAGUGAGUUUCCACCAUUGCAUUGACAAUGGGGAAUUGCCAGACACCAGUCUAGUUAAAUUAGGUGUAUUGCUAUGAAAUAGACAAGUGAAUACAGUUAAUCUGAGAACCUUUUUGUUUUCUCAGUGGCAUUUGAAAUAGAACCCUGACCUAGGUUUUGCAUGAUUGAGGUAAUGCGUUAAGUCAUGCAGUGGUUUGCAUGGACAAAUUGGUGUUUGAUACUGGACUUGCUGAAAAUUAACCAUUUUUAUUUCAAGUUGUCUCAAAGCGAUACAAAUAUUGUUAGAGACAGUCCAUUACCUUUUUACAGGACCCCAAAGACUUGGACUUUGUUAGGUAGGCAGAAAUGGCUCAUGGGAUUUGUAAUUGUGGUUUCGCCCCUGUAUUACUAGGUGUUUUGUCUUUGCUCUGUUUAUGUAGCCGAUCAGGAAGAGAAUAGGGUAAUGCCAAGGAUUUAUAUUUACACUAGAUGACUGAGGGCACUGUGAUGAAGUCACCGUGCCUCCAUCUUGACACUCCCCAGGCAAAGCUAAAGGCAAUUGUUUUAAGGUCAUACCAAGGAUAAUUUUACUAUAAGACCCCUUGAAGUAUGAAAAAAUAGUAAAUUAUUUGAUAGAAGAAAGAAAUGGGGCCUUACUACUUUUAGCCCAUGCAAACGCAUUGUAUAACAUUCACUACAUGAAACAGCUAGCCCCCACCAACAAAAAAAAUCUAAAGUUAGUUUGUUCUGAAGUGUCUGUCCCUUAUGUGAAAGAUCAGGAUUUUUGUUUUUAAAAAUGUUUACAUGUAUCUAACCCCUUUCUUUUUUGGCACUAUACAUUUGUUCAACUGUUACCAGGGGCCCUUCAGACAAAAACAACCGACGUGUUUGUGAGAGUCAUCAUAAUAGAAUGUAGGCCAAACUGUUCGGAUGCCACAGACAAUUGUGUGAGAAGAUGGAUUUUCAGGUUGUCUUAUGGUCUGACAAACACGGCGCUAGCUCUGUCUUUCACCGCAGAUGUGGAAGUGUGACAUAGGUGGAUUGAGAUACACCCAAUGCAUAAAUAACGGGGAUGUUUUUAUGUUGUGGACACCGACCUUACAGGGUUUGUAUUAAUGAAUGCAUUUGUAAGGAUCCAUGGGCUGUUUUGAAUGCUUGUUGCAAGUCUACAAAACACUGUAAAUGCAUUAUGCACAGGUGGUUGAGUGUUUAUUUAUUGGUAUCACUCCUGGUACAGGGGACGUGUGUAUUAUAUCUGGGGAAAGACAAGUUUGGAGAUUGUUUAAAUAUUGAUAUGUCUGUAUAAAAACAAAAGCAACAUGU